UUCGCCGCGCCGCGUCCUCGACAGGAGGGCCGAUCACAGCGCCGUCGUGCUCGCCGCUCCUCAGUAACGCGAGCGCUUUCGUGGAGUUUGGUACUCGGAUUCCUGUCGCUCGUGUCGCGUGUUGAUCGCUCUGUGACACGCAGCGCGGCGGCAACGCGCGUCGUGCGUACACACGUCGUUCUUUUUCAAUUGUGUCGAUGCGUCACAGUGUCGCGUCGCGUCGCGAGUGUUUCCCGAGCGCGUCCUUUGUGAGUAAACAUCGAGACGAGUGUCGAGUGAUUCGAAAGCCUCGGUACUACGCGCGAGGCCGUUUACACCGCAACGUUUGUGAGUGGCCGUAAACAAAGAGAACGAAUCGAACGGCGCGUAGCGUAUCCCAAGUAUCUCUCGGAGUGCGUCGUGGCCGGUAACCGGUGUCCGCGGUGGCCGCCGAGUUUCGUAUCGUCGAAGCGCGCCAAAAGAGAAUGCCGAGACGCGUAACGUCGUCGAUCGAGCAGCAGCAGCAGCAGCAGCAGCAGCAGCAGCAGCAGCGGCGGCGGCGGCAGCAGCAGCAGCGGCGUGCUCGCGUCGGCUUGGUUUUCGGGUCGCCGAGCGGCGACUGAGGGGGGGCCGGAGCCGGGGCCGGGGCCGGGCGGGAGGGAGAAGGGAUGCGAGGGAUCCCGCGGGAGCAGCAGCCGGCGCGGAGCGUAGGUAGCGGCGUGUUGGUCGCGUAGGUGUCGGAGGAAGUGAGUAGGCGGGAGGGUGAAGAGAGGUUUCGGUGGCGCGAGGAUGGCCGGCUGGCGACGAGUAGCGCUGAUCCGCGACGUAGGUGCUGCUGCGCGUCGCGACACCGACGUCCACCGACACGACGUGACGGCCACGUGCCGCGCCGGACGCGUCGUCGUUGGCCAGUGGCAUUAACUCUCCCCCUCUUUGUGUGCCAGGUGAUUGCGUGCCGAGUAUGUCGUAACCGCGGCGUCGUCCGACACGCGAUCGGUGUGUAUACUCGACGUCUAUAACUUGGAGUUUUUCACGUAUAAACAGAGCCGAGACAGACGCGCGCGCGCGCGCGGGCAUGUGUUGGAAGCGACUCGAUAUAGCGGAAAAGUGAAUAUAUAUAAAUGUGUGUGUGUUUGAAAUACUUGGCGCGGUGACUGCUGGUGAAUCGAGUUGACCGUGCACGAUCGCGAGAGGAGAUUCGUCGCAGAGAUUUACGAGCUCGGCUCGUCGCGGAAAGACGCGAACAGGUGGCUGUCAUUUUCUUUACGCGUAGGCGAAAGAUUCUUCCUCGCGCGAUAUACUUGGAGUAUAUUUCUUGGAUAUUUCGAGUGAAACUAGAAGAAAUCCGUAACGUCCGCCACGAUAUCUUCCGUCCGAUGUGUACGCGGGAAUAAAACACGUGCUUCGUUCUUGUCACUUGUGUCGAGAUAUACUCGUUCCCCUAAUGUGCAGUGAUACGUAACCCUCGCAGUGAUUGUUCGCGACAGGAGAAUCGAGCAACAUCGUCGAUAUUUUGAGAGCAGAAAUUUCUCAAGACUGAAGAGUUGGAUGGAUGUUUGGGAGAAGCGCGGGAUAGCGACUAGCACGCGGUACGAAGAUUACGUUUCGAACCUUGUCGUCCAAGCUCGAGAAAGAAGAGGAUAGAAAGCGAGGCGAAAAGAAGAGAGAGAAAGAAAGAGAGAGAGAGAGAGAGAGACAGGGAAGAAGGGAGCGAGGGAGGGAAGAAGAGGGAAAGCUCUCGACAGUCCGAUCCAAAUCCCGGCGGAAGUUCGCGGCGAGGGUGAAGAGCGCGGAGCGUCGUGGAGGGGGGAGUGAUGCCGGCGGUGAGCGUGGCACAGCGCCCUCCAGGUGGAAUCCCACUCCACGCCGGCGUGCCGGUAGCGCCCAGCAGCGUAACCGCCCCCGGUCCGUCGGGCCGGUGCCUCGGGGGCCCGGCAGCGCCCCCCGCCGGCUCGCCACCGCUGCCACCGUCCCUGCAAUCCCUCGGCGGCGGCGUCGCCGCUAACAGCAACGUCAAUCCCAACAAUAUCAACCACGGUAACGGCAGCGCGAACAAUCCGCUCGGUGGCGGCAAUCCCAACAACCCCGUCAACAGCAACCAUCAUCUCGGCAACAACGCCCUAGGCAUCACCACGGCGAGCGGGGCCACGAAUCCUCUGCAGGCGAUGGCGUCGGCGGCGGCAUCGCUUACGCAGCUCAACAACAUGGCCAACGGCCCGUUGCCGCCGCUCGCGGGCACGGGCCCGGGGGGCCCGCCGAGUCUGCCGCCGCCGCAGCCGGCGACGACCCCGACGCACGGCGGCCCGCCGACCCCGCACGGCGGCGUAAACGCCGCGCCCCAUCUCAACGGCGCCUCGCCGAGUCCCCAUCCGAUGCCCCCUCACGGCAUGAUGAGCGGCUCGCCCCACACCCCUCACCCCCACAUGGGGGGCGGCGGGCCCUCGCCCCAUCCCCAUCACCCGGGACCCCACAUGGUCGGCUCCCCGCAUCAUCCAGCGGCGCCCCAUCCGAUGGGCCCGGCCGGCAUGAUGGGGCCGGUCGGUAUGCAGCCUCAAGGCGCGCCCGGUAUGUGCGGCCCCGGGCCCAGCGGCCCGAUGGGGCCGCACGCGCAUCCUCAGGGACCGGGGGUACCUGGACAGCCGCACAUGCACAACGACCCCUUCUUCUGCUCGCCCUUCGGAUCGCAUUACUUCAGAUCGUUGCCUGUCCCCAGGAGGCAUACUCCAGCCUAUGGCUACAGCCAGCCGGACUACAGGCUCCACGAGCUGAACAAGAGGUUAUCGCAGCGCACCGAGGAAAGUGACAACCUUUGGUGGGAGGCCUUCGCGAACGAGUUUUUCGAGGAGGACGCCACCCUUACCCUUCACGUCUGCUUGGAAGACGGACCGAAGAGAUAUUCGAUAGGAAGGACGUUAAUACCUAGGUAUUUCCGCUCGAUAUUCGAUGGCGGUGUUACAGAACUUUACUAUACUUUGAAGAAUCAGAAAGAGUCGUUUCAUAACACCAGUAUAACCCUGGACUGUGAACAGUGCACGAUGGUCACGCAAUACGGGAAACCGAUGUACACUAAGGUAUUAACGGAGGGUAGGUUAAUAUUGGAAUUCACCUUUGACGACCUCAUGAGGAUAAAGUCGUGGCACAUGUCGGUGAGAACGCAUCGAGAACUGGUGCCGAGAUCUGUUGUCAGUAUGCAACAGGAUCCGACGAUGCUCGAGCAGAUCAGCAAAAACAUCACUAGGCAGGGCAUGUCCAACUUCACCCUCAAUUACCUUAGAUUAUGCGUGAUUCUGGAGCCGAUGCAGGAACUGAUGUCGAGGCACAAGGCAUAUGCGUUGUCACCUCGUGAUUGCUUGAAGACAACCUUGUUCCAGAAAUGGCAGAGGAUAGUUGCCCCGCCGGGUAAGAGAGAAUCUCAACGGCCGGCUAGUAAAAGAAGAAAGCGAAAGGGCAGUACAUCGGGACCGGGUAACAAUGCGCCACCCGCUCCCAGCAAAAAGCGUUCGCCAGGGCCAAAUUUUUCUCUAGCAUCGCAGGAUGUGAUGGUCGUGGGUGAACCAUCUUUGAUGGGUGGCGAGUUUGGAGAUGAGGAUGAACGACUAAUAACAAGGCUGGAGAACACGCAAUACGAUGCCGCGAACAAUUUAGAUCCUCAUAGUCAUGACGCGGCCGGCGGUCCACCGCCACAUCCUCAUCAGUUCCAUUCGGAACCGACACCUGGUAAUUCCUGGCCGCCAGAUCGCGGUCCAGGUCCGCCACAGGGUGGUCCUGGUAGUCAGGGAGUCCAGGGUGGUCAAGCAGGAGGUGCGGGUGCGGGUGUACAGGGAACGCAGGAUGCCAGUCAACAGCAGCAAGACAAAAAGAGCCCCGCGGUGAGCCAGUGAGGCCAGGAGUCCCCGCGCCCCCCCACCAGGGGGCGACGGG